AUGUCCACCGCUGCCAACGUGGACCUCGUCGAGGCCGCUCGUGGCGACGUUCCUGCUAUCGAGAAAGGCGUCGGCGUGGCUCCUGAGAAACCCGUCGCUUACAAGGGCGACCUGAGCGAGGCUCGUGCCUCGGCCAACUCCCUCACCGGCCCCAACGGCGAGGAGUAUCCUACCGAUGAGGAGAUUUCCACCCUGCGACGCGUUCACGGGAAGGUCGACUGGCUCAUCUAUUCCAUCGGUAUUGUCGAGAGUGUUGAGCGAUUUGCCUACUACGGUACCACCGCAGUCUUCGUCAACUACCUCUCCUACCCUCUGCCACCCGGUUCAACCACCGGCGCCAGCGGCACCCAUGGCCAGGCUGGCGCCCUGGGCCUCGGCCAACAGACGUCGACCGGCCUCACUCUCUUCAACAGCUUCUGGUCCUACCUGAUGCCCUUGCUCGGUGGCUACUUGGCCGACACCUACUGGGGCCGAUUCCUGACCAUUCAGUACGCCAUCUGGAUUGCCACCCUCGGCCACGUCCUCCUCAUCGUGGCCGCCAUCCCCAGCGUCAUCUCCAACACCUCGGGCGCCCUGGCCUCCUUCAUCAUCGGCCUCAUCUUCUUCGGCACCGGUGUCGGCUGGUUCAAGGCCAACAUCGCGCCCCUCAUCGCCGAGCAGUACGAGAUGGUCCACCCCCGCAUGACCGUCAAGACCCUCCCCACCGGCGAGCGCGUCAUCGUGGACCCCAUCCUGACCAUCUCCCGCGUCUACAUGCGCUACUACUUCCUCAUCAACGUCGGCGCCCUCGUCGGCCAGGUCUCCAUGGUCUACGCCGAGAAGUACGUCGGCUUCUGGCUGAGCUACCUCAUCCCCACCCUCCUCUUCCUCCUCUGCCCGGCCAUCAUGCUGGCCCUGCGCAGCCGCUACGCCAAGCGGGCCCCGACCGGAUCCGUCCUCGGCAAGUCUUUUGCCCUCAUCGGCUACGGCAUCCGGCUCAACGGCCUCGGCAACAUCAAGAAGGACAGCUUCUGGCAGAGCAUCCGCCCCAGCGAGGUCACGGCGUCGGGCGAGCAGAAGCCCGCCUGGAUGACCUUCGACGAUGCCUGGGUCGACGAGGUGCGCCGCGGCCUCAUGGCCUGCACCGUCUUCUUCUGGUUCCCCAUCUUCUGGCUCGCCUACGGCCAGAUGACCAACAACCUCAUCAACCAGGCCGCCGCCAUGCGCCUCGACGGCGUGCCCAACGACAUCAUCACCAACCUCAACCCCUUCGCUCUCCUCAUCUUCAUCCCCAUCUGCGACAAGUUCCUCUACCCGGCCGUCGCCCGCACCGGCUUCCGCCUCACCCCGAUCAAGAAGAUCACCAUCGGUUUCGCCUGCGCCACCCUCUCCAUGGUCGUCGCCGCCGUCAUCCAGCACUUCAUCUACCAGCGCUCUCCCUGCGGCUACAACGCCAGCGACAUUGAGUGCAUUCGCGAGAACGGGCCCCCGCAGAUGUCCGUCUGGAUCCAGACGCCCUGUUACGUCCUCAUCGCGCUGUCGGAGAUUUUCGCCUCCAUCACCGGUCUCGAGUACGCUUUCACCAAGGCGCCCAAGAACAUGCGCGGCCUCGUCACCGGUGUCUACUACUUCGUUCUCGCCUUCUCGAGCGCCCUCGCCAACGCUUUUGUCGGCCUGGCUCGUGAUCCUUUGCUCAUCUGGCUGUACACGUGCGUCGCUUGCAUCAGUGGCGUUGCUGGCGUCACUUUUUGGUUCUGCUUCCGCGGCGUCGAUAAGCAGGAGGACGAGCUGAAUCUGCUUCCUGAGAGUACCUACCAGGGCCGUGGGGAGAAUGAGUUUGAGGAAAAGACGGUGGUCUGA